CUGAGGGGAAAGUUUGGCGGGAAGCCCGGCCCCUCAGCGCGGCCGCGCCGGCGACCAGCCCCUGCCGCCCCGGCGGGCAGGGCCCCGAGCAGCGGCCGCGGUGGGAGGGGGGGCUGAUGGCGGCGGCGCAGGGUUGCGGGCGAGGGGCGGAGCGGAGAGCCCCUGUGGCUGCCAUGGCCGCCUCCCCCUCCCCGCAGCCUCCCUUAAAUACUAUGGGGCGGCCGUAGCUGCGGUGGGCGCCGCUACCGAGCGCACCAUGCGGGCUGUCGUCGCCUUGGCCGCGGCGCUGGGCAGCCUGCUGCUCGGCGGCUGCCUCCUGCGCCUGGGCGGCCAGCAGCCCCUCCGCGCCAGGGACUGGGAGGAGGACGCGGGAGUAGCUACUGUCACGCCGAAAGUGGUGCGAGCCCUCAGGUCCCCCCUAACGUCUCUUCCUCAGACCGAGAACAGAACAACUGUUAAUAAAAAUGGAAUUUACCAGUUUGAACAGGCUUCAAAAUGUAAGGCAAUUCAGGACAACAUUUUGUCAUCAUCUAUCAAGAAGAAAAGAUAUUCAGAAGAUUAUUAUCUUCACAUAGUCACAAAACUGCAGAACUGCACCUGGAUAAGGAGACCAGAAGAAUCUACAAAGUUCAGGUCAGAAUUAGCUUCCUGCUGUGAUGCAGUUCACAAUUUUAUUGCUUCUCAAAACAACAGCCCACUGGGAAGUAACAUGAGUUACGAAGUGGACAGUAAAAAGACCAUCCUCAUUACAGAGGACAUUUUUAAGAUGCUGCCUGUGUCCUCUCCUCUUUCAGUCUAUCCCUUCAAGACCUGUGCUGUGGUUGGAAAUGGAGGCAUUCUGAAAAAUUCCAGUUGUGGAGCUGAAAUCGAUCAUUCUGACUUUGUGUUUAGGUGUAACCUCCCUCCAACCACGGGAAGCAUUAGCAAAGAUGUUGGCAAUAAAACAAACCUUGUGACUGUUAAUCCGAGUAUCAUAGCUCAGAAAUACAACAAACUAAAUGAAAAGAAAACAGAAUUUCUGGAGAACAUUGCAGUCUAUGGAGAUGCUUUUCUUUUAUUGCCAGCAUUUUCCUUUAGAAGCAACACAGCCACUUCUUUUAAAGUAUAUCACACUCUGCAAGAGUUCAAAGCAACCCAAAGGGCAAUAUUUUUUCACCCCACUUAUCUGAAAAGUCUUGCCCAGUUCUGGAGAACUAAGGGUGUGAAAGCCUACCGGUUAUCAUCUGGUUUUAUGAUCACUAGUGCUGCUCUUGAGCUGUGUGAGAAUGUGAAGCUCUAUGGCUUCUGGCCUUUCUCAAAAUCCACAGAGAAGAUGCCAAUUAGCCACCACUAUUACGACAACCAGCUGCCUAAACCAGGUUUCCAUGCAAUGCCCAAAGAAUACAACCAGAUCCUUCAGCUUCAUGGCAAAGGCAUUUUGAAGUUGCAGUUUGGUAAAUGUGAAUCAGACUAAAAAGUGUGUAGCUGAAGGUUCCUUACACCACUGGGUGCCCACAGAAGUCUCGGGCAGAACUUCCCUCACAGAUUACUGGGACACAAAAUGUUGCUGCUGUAAAUAAGAAGUGAAGGAAGCUGCUCUUCUGCAAGCACCUAUAUUGCAAGCAGGUAGCAGGUUCUGGAACAGUAUGGGGAGAGCAUAACUGCAUCCCAAUGAAUCAUUUUGGCAGUAUUGCUCCUAAACACUAUCCUUGCCAUUGUAAAGGUGAACUUUUCUUAUUGGGUAGAGAGAAUUGUCAGAUAUGAGAGCCCUGUAGAGCUUGUGCUGAACGAUGUGGGAAACUCCAUCUGCCUUAAUAUCCGCUCCUGCACCUUUAUGAUUAUGCUCAACAGACAUGUACAUGUCUUUGCUAAAGUAGAUGCAUACCUAUCACAGAUGGUAAAAUGGAAAAUGAGACAUCAGCAAAAUCUUGAAAUGCAAUUAAAAUAAUGAUCUUUAUUAUUUUGUAUUAAAUUACCAAAUCAUUUUUGCUAUGGCCCUGCAGCUGAAGGAAGUCUUGUUUGUUCAUUGGUUUAACCUGAUAAGCCUGAAGGGCAUGUCAUUAGCUUCAAGUAAACAUAGGUUCAAGGAGGGGAAAUGGCCUGAUCCAUAUUUAAAAAUAGACAGAAAAAUCUGAUUAGAAAAAUUGUCAGAUGAUAAAUUAAUCAGGCUGGCAAAACUUUCAUUGCCCAGAAGCCCGGUUAAAAUGCAAAUUUUGUCUGACCAAGAAUCCCUCAGGUUUUACAUUUGCUAGAAAGAAACAGCAGGGAAGGUGAGUAUGUGUUGCUUUGAUAUACAGCACAGUAAUGUCAAGCAGCUGCUCAGAGGAGUUAGUCAACAGAAAAUAACAUAGAAAGAAAGAAUGAAACUGAGACUCCCUGAGCCUGGGGAAGAGAGUAGUGUUUAAUUGUCCGAGCAGAAGGACUGAAGGAGGACAGGUUGAGCAGAGGUGUGCUGGUGGUUAGGGAGUAAGAACUGCUGAAACUUCGACUGGGUGAGUGUAUCUUACCUGGAAAGUAAAUAUUGGGUCUGGGCUUUUUAAUUCCAACCAGAUGAUUAAAAGCCAUCUAUUUCUGACAGAGACAGCAGCAGUGUAGCCCUCCACUCAAGGUGGAGCUAGUAGGGCAGCAUCCUGUAAAGCAGGGGGCUGCCUGCUUACUUGCUCAGGAAUUAACAUCAGAGAACCAUUUUGUUCCAAACUCUGUCAGUGUGUGAUCUUUUUUUUAACCUUGAAAGUUGCUGCAAUCCAAAUAAGUGAUAAAUACUGUUAAAAAUAACCUAUUUAUAAAUACAAUUGUUAUAAAUAACCUAUUUAUAACAGUAGGAUACCAACAUGAGCUUAAAUUCUGCUGAAAUUCUUUUAUGCUUUUGGCGUCUCGAUGUAGCUGGAGAAAUAUGAACUGCCCCACAUUUCACUUUUAAUUACCUUGAGAAAAAUGAUACCACAUUUUGAAAAUAAGGACACCUCUGGAUUCCUGUCAGGCAGCCAAAUUUCAGCCUAUCCUUGACUUGGGCAAAUAUUACGCAGUGUGAAAUUAUUAGAUGUAUACAACAAUUGAAAGAAAGGUCUUCUGCUUUAGUACCCAUGCCAUAUAGCUUUAAGCACACACUUUGCUCAUGUGUUCAGCCACUAACUAAGUUUUAGUGUUAAGAAUAAUGUCAGUAAUGAAACAAGUGGAGAUAAGUUGCUUCUGGUUUAGUUAAAACCCACCAGAAUAGAAAAAUAUAGACUAAAUCAAAUUAGAAUUUAUGUUAGAUUUCAAAUCAAAUGAAAAAGUAUUUACAGAUCUCGAAGGGUUUUGUUUGGUUUUGUUUUGUUUUUCCACAGCAGAACUAGCCUGUUGAAGAAACAGAAUAGUUUCAAUCUCUAGCUAUUUCAAAAUAUGAGUAAGAUAAUAUAAUUUAGAACAUAUCCAUAUUCAGAUUAGCAGAAGAUACUGGUUACACCCAGCCUUGGUAAGCUUAGGAAGCCUGAAGAGGGUGGUGCAGGUGGGGUAAGUGUGAGAACUUCUGGGGGUAUUCAAAUGAAGGAGUCCUCCUUUAGAAAGAGCAGAUGCUCGAGCUAGAUCAGGCACAAGCAGUUUAGCUUACCCAGGAGAAUUUUGUGAGCCUGUGAUGCUGUAUAAUAAAUGUCACAGACUCCCAGUCUGAAAUAAGGAUGAAAAAACAGAUGCAGAAGGUGAAAUGCAUACACAGAAGACUAAGCUAUUGGCUUAUUUUGAAUAGAACAAGCAGUUUUCCUACCAUACAAGAAAUACCAAUAACAUAUUUUAUUGUUUUAAUUCCAGGGCAAUGAUCCUAAGGAGACAAUUUGUGUGUAUCUCAGCAGUUCGGUGUUGGAUUUGAUCUGAUGUGAUUUUGUGACCAUUAAACUGCAUUAUUACAAUAGAGAAGUAUUUUACACUUGGGGAGAAAAGAAAGUGAUUUUUUCACACAGUGACUGCUACAUUUCUGAAUUUUGAGCAAUCAUUUUUUUAAAUACAAAAUAACAUUUAUUUGGGAAAUUAUGAAACUCCUGACUACUGGUUUAAUUGUAGCAAAGCACAAUCUCAGGAUGGUGGCAAUAUGCACAUUCAUCAUGUUUUGCUUCUUAAAGUAUUGUUAAACUAUUUUUACAUAAGUUCUCUCGUUUUGUUAAUAUCACGUGAUACAGGCAAUAGUCUCUGUAUGGUAGCUGCAUGAGUUGGCAGUGAACAUUUUCAAUUGAGAACUUGAUCCUGUAAACACUAGCAUUUGUCUACAUGAGAAAGGUGAUGAGAAGAGUUGCAGAGGAGUAAUUAAUUCAGAGCUAUGUCAUUCUUAGUUUGUCCCAGGGUGCACAGAUGAAAAAAUCCCUCAGGUUAGAGAUAGUCAAGUGGUUUAUGGGCUUUCAUUUUGUGGGCAAUAGAUAAUGCUGUGGAUUUAAUGGGCUUUUAUUUUGUGGGCAAUAGAUAAUGUUGUGGAUUUAAUGGGAUCACUCAUGUGAAUGAUGUUAAUUUUGUGAACAAGCGUUUGAAGGACCAGAGCUGUAUAAUUGUUUUUAAACCCCUCUUCUUGCUUGUGUCCCUGUCUAAGGCCCUUUUCAGCUCCAAAUGAGGACAAUAAACUAGGUUCCAUGCUGCAAUCCCUAGAGUUCUGGUAGGGCAUGACUUUGCAGACAUUCCUGCAAUCCCAGCUCUGUAUCUCGGCUGACGUACGAGAUGGGCCAUUCAUUAGAAAAAUGAUAGGUACCAAACCUAUCAUUUCUUCUAUUUCUUUUUCACCUAACAUCUCUCAUAUCAAUAUGUGACUACAGAUAAGGAAACUACACUAAGCAUUAUUAAGAAGAAUGUUCUUCUUACAUCAACCUCAAGCUCUUCUCCUAUAUCAGGAUAUAUGAGAAAAGAACCUACAGUCACUUAAUUUAAAACCCAUGCAGUUCUUGUGCUUUCAGUUUCCGUAUGGUCCAGGAAUACCUGUGGAGCAACAUCCUGCAACAAGAGAAAGUGAAAUAUCAGCCCAAUGAAAAGAAUCACAUUAACAUUUACAGGAGCUAUGACAAGCAGUUGUUGCCCUAGCUAUGGCUGCUUGUAAGUUAUUGCUUUUAUGUUUUACUGAAAGGAAAAAACCAAACCAAACAAAACCAAACAAAACAAAUUUUGUAAUAACCAGUUUCUGUUAAAAGAAGAGUUUCAGUGGCUUUUUUGAGAGUCUAUUGAAUGAUCGGUUCAAAGAUAGAGUGUCCUUCUCACAGUCAGAUAGUAUCGAGUAUUUUGUUUACUAAAACUCCUUUUGCCACUGUAGCAUUAAAUGCCCAAACAACUGAUUUAAAGAGCAUUCAAUAUUCCACUCAUUGAGGAUUAUAUGUGCAAAAAAAAUCCUACUUAAAUGAAUUGAACCUUAUAAAAUAAGGUUCAAAAAAACUUUUAAACUGAUACUUCAUAAGAGCAUUUCUAUAUUGUUGUAAUAUUUGAAGGCUUACCUUGCAGCAGUUUUAUAAUCACAUAAAUAAUCCUGAAAGUAUUAGAAUCAAUCGUUAUGGUUCCAGGUCUGUUAGUUGAGACACAUUCAGCAACUUGAUCCAUUUCCAAGAUAAUGGUAUCAGAAUCCAAUACUACUCCUACCCAAGCAGAAGCGUCCAUAAAUCCUGGCUGCACAUAUCAGCAAUAAAGUCAAUUUUUGAAAAUAAAGUUUUUAAAAAAUAGAUAGUGCUUUGGGGCAUUGAAUGACACCACUAAUACACAAGUGGACCUCUGAAUAUCAGUAGGACUUUUAACAGAAACAAAGUCAUCAGAAUUGAGUCGAUGGGUACAUCUGUGUUCCCAGCUGGUGACUGAAAGAGGCGAGCACACGGGUUUGAUUUACUGUGAUCUGCUGUGGUUCCAGCACCACACGUCCACAUUUUGUCUUCACCAGCAGUGAAAUUGUGCCAGUUUCUGGCCACAGGCAUCUGCUGCUCAUGUGCAGAGAGCUGGCUGCUGCAAGACCCUGCAUCCGUGUUACAAGUGUUAUGGAUGGUUGCCUACUGCAAGACCCUAGUUAUAGAUCAAAGACAAAUUUGCUCCCAAAAGAGCUCCUCCUAUGCCAUAAAUCACUCACGUAGACUGUCCCUGAGUGUUUGUAGCUGGAAGCUGUGCAAAGUGAUGUAGUUGUCCUUUGGGUGAUGCAAACAGCCUAGGUUGAGGAGAACCACAUCAUAUUUCAUCCAGAGAGACAAAGACACACCUGUGUUCAAGCAAGGACUGUAACUUAUUCCAGUCUAGUUUAGUGCAAUGAGAUGAUCUUGGCUGUGUAGCAGCUACAUGGUUUGACUUGGAAAAAUUCAUACGUCUUUUGGAGAUUGAGAGGAUCUUGCAUUGUAUCCAGAUCAAUUGCAAGUGUUUUGUGUGUAUGUAAAGAUGAUGCAAAGGGUAUCAUUCAUUGCUCAGAUUAAAUUAAAUGAACUACUCAGCAUGAGUGAAGUGGCAAAACCUGGUUGUGUGUACGUAGAAGAUGUGGAGAGGAGAAAAUGAAAUUUACUUGCAGUGGAGAAGCAACGUUUUUCAAAAGUGUUUGUUAGCACAGUAUUGUAUUAUCUCAGUGAAUAAAUGUAUAUACAGUGUACCAUGACACACCAUAAAGAGCUGAAGUUACUGUGUGUCUGGACUAUUUCUGUGCAGCCAUGUUAUUUAUAACACACGUGUUAAUAACUGGAAAGGUUAUUGGAAUGCAUUUUAAGAGCAGUUUAGCCGAAAAGAAGAAACCUAUUCUAGUUUCCUUAAUGAAAAGAGGUCUUAACUGAAGGACAGUGAGGUAGCACACACAAAUGAGAGCAAACAGAAAGCUCUGUAGCAUGGACACACACUUUGACUUUUUAGCGCUGUUUCAGUGAAGUUUACACUUGCCAUUGGCCUGGAUACCUGAUCCUCUAUGGUCUCAAAGCUGACAGUGAUUUGUGUGGAGCACAGGACUGACAAGAAAUACAUGGAGGAAUUGUUAACCUUUCCUAUCUACAAAUACUCUUAACUCCUCAUAGAAUAAAAAUAUACCCUAUUAGACUUUAGAUUAAGAACCUGUUUUUAACGUAGCUUUCUCAGGCCUUGCUCCAGACAUGAAGUUACUAUGAGAUGUUAGUUGCAUCCACUUCACUCCACAGAAGCACAGACCUUGUACUCGGCUUUAUUAUAGCUACUGCUGCUGUGUGCUUGGUGGCUAGGUAGUGUUAAUUUGUUUACAGGCUGGGCAAGUUAAUAGCAGCAUUUCUAGGAUACAGUCAGAUUGAUCAAGACUUGCUGAAGUACACUCACUGUGGGAGUGGAUGUUUUCUCAGGUAGCUGAAUAAAUUAUUUCUCAUUUAUUUUACAUCUGUGAUUUCUUAUUUAUUUUACACCUGUGAUUUCUUGUUUAUUUUACAUCUGUGCCAGGUUUAUGAUGAAUAAAUGGAUUUUGUACCUGGCUGGAGAUGUUUAUGACACUUUGGCAAGACUAAGCCAAGUGCAGUUUUUAUGACGGAUUCUUGACCAAAGGUUAGGAAGGGCCUUUCAUUCCCUCUACUUCACAUGAGAAAUAAUCAUUUUUAGGGUUUGUGGGCCUCCAAUGCUGUCACAUGCUGUGGAAUGAAUAUUGAGAUUAAAUAGUUUUCUAAAGAUAGAAACACUGACAACGUGCUAAUAGUUGCACUGUACCUUUGCAGAGGCUGACAGCGUCCUUGCACAUGACUGCUUCACAUCAUCAUUAGAUUAAAGCCUGCUUGGCUGCUUUUAUUCCUUUUUCUCCUCUGAAUCUUUAAUGUUACAUCUUCCUUUAGGAUCCAGUGCUGCCUUGAGUUGGUUAUUUCUCUUCCCCCUGCGGGGCCUUAUGUAGUCCUGUUUAGUGUCUGUUAGGGAGUUUGUAUGGCUAUGAAUCAAACACUGCUAUGCUUGCAGCAUAGUAAAACAUAUUUUAAAUGGCUUGGUUUACAUCGCAAGGAAGUCAGCAUGGUGGGAUAUUUACAUUGCCUAAAUGGAGGUGCUAAAUUUGGGCUGUAGCUCCACAGUGACUUAAGCUGUAAUGGCUGGCUAUGCAGUCCAGUCCUCGUUCUUGUGCUGCACCCCUUCCUUCAUGCCAUCUCUGUCUCCUGUCUGAUCCUACACUGAGCUGUUUUGACACACUAAGCCCGCAAAAACCUAGCAUGGCAACAAAAAGAGAAAACUGGUUCAUGCCAACAGAGCCAGAGGAAUUUCAGAGUCAAAGCAAAGGAGGGGGUGAGACCAUGCAGGUGGGACUGUAAGGACACAAUGGGGGCCAUCUGUUACAUGUUGGCUGUUGGACAGGCCCAGUGGUCCCCUGAAACCUCGGUCACCUCAGGAAGGUCACAUCUCUGGGGGCCUCCGUGGCCAGAGGGGAGAGACGGGCUCCUGCAAGGGGGGAUUGCAGCACAGCAGCUGCUCUGGUGGGCAGGAGCCCGUCUCUCCCUGUGGUGACAGAAGGUGCUUAAGGACUCUAGGUAUCUACACUAAGGACUCUAGGUACCUACACUGGUUGAUUAUUGCUCCCCCUUCUCUCUUCCCCAUUACAGUCAUUUUAACAAGCUGUUCACCACCAGCAGGUUCAGAAAUGAUAACUAAAAAAAAGCUUUGACUGUAAAUACUAUUUUCUCAGUUCACUGACAGUAAGCUUGCAUAAACUUGCUCAUUAUUCAGCACACCUAUGCUUUCAGUCUCUGCUAAUCCCAGCACUUCAAACAGCAUCUGCAGAGAACAGAGCUGUGCAAGGUCUGGCGGUUUUGAGACCAGUUAGUCUCACUUUGGUUCUCUUUCCUUUGUACAGUAGUGAGAUGUCUGAUGUAUUGCCGUGCUUGAGUCAAGACGAAAUUCUCUGUCCUGUGUGAUUCAGGAAAAGAAACUAAAUGAUCUAGGUGACCUAGCACCUUCUGUGGGCUCCCAAAUUCCUAGCAAAAUAUUCCUGUUGUUAUGUAUUAUUUGAUUUUAUCCAGUGCAGAUAUCUGGAUCAGUUAAUUGGUCUGGGUUAAUUGAUCACUUAGAUCUUGAGCCUGCACAGACUCUGUGGUGGAGCUACAGCCUGACAUGGCAACCUAGAUUUAAAAAACAUUUGAGCUGGAGAUCUUUCUCUGUCCUGUCGCUCGCUGUCAUGUGACAAAUCUGCAGAGUGAGAUCCUGAACUUCCGUGCAGUAGCUCCUCCACGAACUUUUGGGUCUACAAAGCACACGUCCACUUGUGUGCAGGAGUCUGUGUGAGAUCAAGCCCAAGGAAUAUUCUAUGGAGUGCUUUAUUCUGAAACAGCUUUAAUUCAAACAGCUGAUAGCCACUCGUUGCAUGCUCUGAAGCAGUAGACUUCUUACACAUGAGCUUGUUUGUUAAAUAUAUCUUAGUUUGAAAUAUUCACAGCCAGGUAAUCCUUCAUCUUGUGGUACUUCAGCUGAUGUAUCUCAUCUGUAGGUCUGCUAGCCGAGAACAGUGACAAAGGGAUGUUUUUACCAUAUAAAGCCUGGCUCUCUUGAUUUUGAAUUCUGUCAUUUUAGGCAGGAACAUCAUCCUUCUCUGAGUUUCUGGACAGCCAAAUUUCAAAGGCUGCUGAUCUCUCGGGGUAUUCUGUAGAAAUCAUUUGGGCCUUUCAGCUACAGUGCACAAUGAGUGGGCAGAUUUAUUUUUAUUAAGCUUUGUUCAGAUUUUCAUAAAGUAUUUCUUAAUUGGCUCUAAAUUAUCAUAAUGGUCAAGUAGAGCAUGAAACGAUCUGGAGCAUGCCACUAAACAAAGGAACUGUUGCUGUUAUUUAGUGGUCUCCUUUCAUAAAGUUGCAUUUCAGAAUACCUUCCUGUUCUGGGAACGCUGGCUCACCAGGGGAACGACCCCGGGUUACUGGGUUACGGUGCACUAGUCCAGCUGGGGUAGCAGCCUGUCAGUGCGCUCUCAGUGUCAAGCAAAUUCAAGCAAUAUGACAAGAGCUUAACACAAUGGGAGUACAUCAGUUUGGGUUUGCCGUAGACCAAGGAGUAAACUUAGUACUGUGAUGUGUGAUAACUGAGCUCACGUCCCUCUGUGUGUGAGCAAUAGCUGCCCUUUGGUGGCAGGUGUUGGCAAAUACUGGUUUAAGCAUGAAAACAGUCUGGCUGUUAAAUACAAGAAGCAGUGGCAUCCUCAUGUUGCCAUCAAAUAAACAGUCAAAUCUGUCUUUUGCUAAAUCCUGGAGUAGCUUCAGCAAUACAUUGGCAUUUGUUGCUGCACCUAGUACUGUUGUAUCUUGUCUUUUUUUCAUCCCUCUUUUCUCCAGUGAGGGAGAAAACUCAGACAAUUGCAUGAUGGAAAUAUUUAAUGAUCCUACCAUGAAUUCGUGGUAUCAUAGCAAGGCCAUCAGAGUGAAUCAUGCUAAUGGUUGUGACAGGAGAGUCUAGUCUAGGACAAUAUUGCUGGUUUUAAAUUCCUCACUAUUCACUUUAGUCCCUGACAAGACGAGAUUCUUCACAGCAAGUCUGUAGUUCAACAACCUGUUAGGCUUCUGAGCUCUUGGCGCAGUUGUGAGAUGAUUCCCUAAAAACACCUCCUUCUUGGUGUAUUUAUUGUUAGUGCUUAUGGUACAAACCCAUUCUUAAAUUCUUGUGAAAUUGAAGUGUAUCAGCUGACAUUUCUGCAUGUUUUAUAUGCACAUUUUAUAUAGUAGCUUCAUAUGUAUUCUUUAUGUUAAUAUUCUUAAUAUUCUUUUCUUUAAGUAUCUAAUAAAAAUUAUUUAAAAUAUUAAUUAUAUUUUAUGCUAUGAGAGUAAACUGCGGUGCAAGUUACAUAAUGUCACCUAAAAAACCAGUGAUACAAUGCAAAAUCAUUUUUAAGGGUAUCUGACUGAUUUCUAGAAGGUAUUUUCAUUAGUCAUUUAGACACUUGCUGCUUAGAUUUACCUUUUUAAGGUGGGUCUAAGAGGCCACCUCUGCUUCUGAUUUAUUUCAAGAUCUGCAAGUGAGGAGAUAGGUGGAGAGGUUCUACACAAGGCUGCUCCUAAGGGAUGGCAAAUGCAUGUUUUUUCUUUUCAGAGACUGUUCCAUGUGUCAUAAUGUGAUUCCAUAAAGUUUCCAUGAUAGCUUUUACCCAGAGGUUUCAUUGUCUCUUAAAAUGUGUAUUGUUUUCAUUCAUUUUGGUUCCAUUCUUUUCAAUGCAAUUGUCAAAGCAGAGCUUAUCCCCCCUUGGAGCUGGUAUAAUUGUGCUCCUCCACAUGCGCCAAGCUCUGUGUGAAGCUGCUAGUGUAGGCUCUGCUACUGCUGUUUCCAAAAAGGUUCUCUCAAAUUCUCUCAGUGCUGAACGUAUGUUUUCAGAUGUGAACUUGAUAUUGUCUGAGUAGAAUGUGUGCAGCGUAACUUAGAAGUGUCCCUGUGCAGGAUUUAGGAGGAGGCACAGAAAGCCCCUCAGCCGUGUGUGUGCUUUUAUUACAGAAAACCAAGAUGAAUUUGUAUUGUUGAGUCAUCUGUUAUGGCUGAUUUAAUUUGUACUUUGUUUUCAUGUUUUAAGUGCCUAAUGAUUUUUUUUGUCAAGGAGGCAACAGUUUCACUGUUAUAACGCAUACUUAGAAUUCUGCACUUGUUACCUGUUCUGUAAUAGAAUAUUUUUGCAGUUUCUGUUUGGAAAUAAAGACUUAUUAGGCAUAA